ACCUGAAUAUGACUUUUAGAGGCACCCUCCUGAGCCCGUCACAUUAACCACUACCAUAGGGGAAAACUGCACAAUUAGGAAGCUAUUAAUGGCAGACUGUAACUUGUGCCUUGGAUCUCAGCUCAGUACCUGGCCGUCAGAAUAUAAGCAGGAUCGGCAGCGCUCAUUAUUUAAUGUUUUGGUUGCCUGCCAGCUCACAUGGUUUCUCCUAACGCAGAAUUUCUUUCACUUUCGUUUUCCUGCAAACACUGUGAUGGAUCUGAGGAGAAGUUCUCCAUUGGGAAUUUUCCAAUCAGUGACCCAGAUGAAAAAAAAGAUCCUUCCAGGAAAUGCACCAAUCAGAGAGCAGUCUGCACCAAUUGCUGGCAGCUACCACUGGUUUACAGAAUAAAAAAGCCUUUCAGCUUUGUCAGAAUUUAAAAGGACAACAUUUAGAAUGUAUAAAAUGGAGGGAGCGGAAUUUCAUGAUGUCAUAGCUAAUUUUUUGCCCAGGUUGGAGGAUUAUUUUUGCAGUGAUUUGGCCUAUUUUCUGCAAAAAAUAGAUGUUUUUCUACCCAAUGUUGAUUUUAGCCACAUUAUUCAGUUACCGGAUAUCAAAAUGAAAGUAUCCUCACUUCUCCGUGAAUUGUUGGUGAGGCACACCGAGAGUUUAAAGAACAUUAUACAGAGUGUUUGCAUGGAUGGUGUCCUACCAAUGGACCUGGAGGUAGAACUAAUAAGCAUGAUAGGGGAAGGUAAUCUAAAUUCCACAUCUUCAUUUGAGCAGAAUAAGAGAGGGGAAGAAGAGACUACUGAUUGUUGGCUUUCCAGUGAAAUUGCAGGAAUUAAACGACAGAAAAUAGAUUUAAUUGGAAGAUUCAAAGAGAAAAUAACCAAUUCUUUGUUACAGAAGUAUCAUUUCAAAUCUAAGGAAGAAUCCAGUCAAGAUGUUAGGCAGAUGUUUGUUGAGCCAUUAAUCCAUAAAGAUGACAGGACUCUAAAAGAAAAGCUGAAAGCUAAAAGUGACUCAGGGGUACCUUCUGGCACAGAAGAAAUUACUGAUAGUAUGAAAAUACUGAAUCUGUUUGAAAAGCACAGUACCUUGGAAACACAUACUGUUUUACUUGUGGGGAUGCCAGGUACUGGUAAAACCAUGCUAACACGACGGAUCUGCUAUGAAUGGGCAACGAGGGAACUCAGUCAAUUUACAUUAACAUUUCUUUUUGAAUUUCGACAGCUAAACUUAAUACAUAGAUAUGUGACUCUUAAAGAACUUUUGUUCAAUUUGUUCCUCAAACCUGAUGGAAAUCCAGAGGAAGUGUAUCAAUAUAUCAUUGAAAAUCCACAACAUAUCCUUAUCAUGUUUGAUGGGCUUGAUGAAUUUAUUGGCCAGAUUUCACAUGAUCCUCCUCAAGUAAACCCUGAAGCUGAUAAGCCAGUGUCCAUCUCAGAGCUAUUCACUUGUCUCUUACAUGGUGUGAUUUUAUCUGGGUGCACUGUUGUGGUCACCUGCAGGUCAAAAAUAUUAAACAACAUCCCCCUGAAAACCAUUGACCUUGUUGCGGAAGUUUUAGGGUUUAAUCAGGGAAGAGUUGAGAAAUAUGUAAAAUUAUUCUUCUGCAAUGAUUAUCUUAGGGAGAAAGUUUUAUUACAUUUAAGAGAAAACACUAAACUCAUGCACAUGUGCUUUGUACCAGCGUUAUGCCAUAUAGUAUGCAUUUGUUUGGAAUAUUUACUACAAGCUCCUUCGAGUGCACAACUUCCUCAAACAAUAACACAGUUUUAUGUGGUAAUGCUGAAUAUUUUUAUUGCAAAAGAGCAAAAAUCUUCCAAAACAGAAAAAGCUCUGCUCAAGAAAUUUAAGCCAUUGAUCACCGAAUUAUGUGAUCUUGCCCUUAAAGGACUUGAUGAAAAAAAGACAGUGUUUUAUGUUGAGGAUAUUUCAAAAGGCUUGCAGGGUUUUGCCCCCUGCCACGGCCUACUUUCUGUUUUUGAUGUUAAGAACAUUGACAGCAGCAACGAUACCGGGUACUCCUUUAUUCAUCUAAGCUCGCAAGAGUUUUUUGCUGCUUUAUACCUAAUGAUAAGCCGCACAGUGACAGAGGCUGCACUUAAUAAAAAACUCUCUCUUAAGUCAAAGUGGAAUUUGAAGUCUAAAACAAAAAAUGAAAUCACAGAAAACUUCCAUAUAUUUUUGUCUGGGUUGUCAUCCAAAGAAUGCCAGUCAUUUCUGUACGACUUAGCGGAACAGAGCGAGGCGUUUGUUCAAAAGAAACAGCAAACUAUCAUUGAAUGUCUUGUAAAGCUGGCAGAGACCCAACUUACAGGGCCAAAGCUUAUUGAACUAUGUCACUGUACAUAUGAAACACAAGAUCUGGAUCUUGCCCGACGUAUUGGGGAACACCUUAAGUCAAAGUAUGAACUGAGAAACUUCAGGAUAGCACCAGUGGAUAUGACAGCUUUAAGUUUUAUUGUCAACCAUGGAACGUGCUUGGUUUGUUUGGAUUUUGCAGGGUGCCCAAUGGAGUUGGAUUGCUUAGAUGUUCUUGGCAAAUGCAAAAAUUUAAAUAGUUUAAGUUUCAGAAACAAAAAAUAUGGAGAUUCAUUUGCUCAAGCACUUUCCAAAAACAUAGCUGGCAUGAAAACCUUACAAAACCUCAGAUUGAUUGCUGGACGGCUUACAGCUGUGGGGGCUGCUUCGCUUAUUCAGUCAUUCCUCGAUUGUCCAGAACUUAAAGAGAUCAGUUUGCAAGAUAACCGCCUAAAGACAGAAGAUAUGAAUAUGUUUCUUGAAUUAUUUUUUAAGAUGAAACAGUUAAAAAAACUUGACUUGAGUAAAAAUGAUAUUAAUGUCAGUGGUGUGCUUGCUUUGGCAAAGGUAGCUGCAAAGUGCCACAACAUCACAGAUAUUAACAUAAGGUGUGAUAAUUCUACAGCCAUCUUUUUAUCAGAAAGUACCCUACCAUCAAGUAGGCCUGCACUGUCUGAAGACACACUAAGAAAGAAGAAAAUAAGCCUUACACACUGUGACCUGACUUCAUCUGACAUACAGCAUGUUGUACAGAUUCUCCAAGACCUCUCACAGAUCUCAGAUAUCAAUUUAUCAGAUAAUCCUCUUGGAGACGUUGGCUGUAUGGAGCUAGUUAACAGCUUACCAGGAAUAGAGAUUUCUGGCCAGUUGAGUCUUCACAGGACCAAGUUAUCUGUUGAAGGCCUGUGUUACCUGGUCAGCUCUAUGGUCUCUUGUCCAAGAGUAGAAAAAGUGGACAUCAGGUUUCUACAGCAGACUGCAGACAUUCAUUUCCUACCACAGUGUGCUACAGAACACAGAGAGAUCAGGAUAAUUGGCAGUCGACAUCUUGAUAAAGUUUUUGAGAAACUUUGCUCUAUAUUCCAAAAGUGCAGCCAUUUAACAAGCCUGGACUUGUCUGAAAACAACUUGGAAAAUUCUGGGAUCAAGCGCAUAACAGAGGUUCUCCCUGAUCUAAAAAGUCUGCGUUUUCUUAAUUUGAAUGGAAAUAAAAUCUCCAUGGAUGGAGUGAUUUACCUUGUGAAGUCUUUUAAUUCCAUAGACAACAUGACAGAUGUUUCAAUUAGUUUUGUGGGAACCCAGAAAGUGGAAGUUACUUUUCAGGAUAAGGAGAGUCAUAAAAGCCUCAUGACUUCUGCUAAAGGAGCAGCUGAAUUGCCUGAGUUGUCCAAAACAUUCAGCCUCACAGAAUGUCGCAUAACUGUCCAGAUGUUGAAGAAGCUUUUUCGUGCUCUAGAACCAUGCAUAGAGCUCACCAAGAUCAACCUGUCCAACAAUUCAUUAAGUUACCAGAUGAUUGAAAACCUUCUCACAUACUUGCCAGUGUUCCCCAAUCUGACACUUCUAAACAUCAGUAAUAAUGACCUGUCUCCAAACUCUGUUUUACUGCUGGUUAAUUCAGUAAAUCUUUGUAACCGAAUUAAAGAAGUUGAUAUCAGGUCCUCAGAAAACAUGUGCUUGCAUUUAGAGAAACAACAUAAAGCCAAUGAAGUCAUCUACAGGUUGACCAACUGUAAAAUUGGCAGGAAUGACUUUGAAGGGCUUAUGAAAGUAUUCAGAAGGAUUGAGAACUUGACUGAAGUGAACAUGCGAAUUAAUAAUAUCAUGGAAGAAGGAAUCCUUGAGAUGCUUAUCUUUCUGAUCAAUUUCAGGACUGUUACUAAAAUUGAUGCCUGUUCACAGCCAAAAGAUGCAGUCCACCUCAUGUUUGCCCCUGAUAAGGACUUACCGAAGAAAAUGAGGUUAGCAGAGUUCAGUUUUCAAGCCGAUCACCUUCGGAAAAUCUGUUAUUUACUUGAAGGGUUCAGCAAUCUCACACAAUUCAUAUCAAAGAACAUCAACAUUAACCUUGAUGUCCUGGGGGACUUCCUAGGAGUCCUUGCAAGAAAGUCCCAUGAUUUUAUCAUAAGUAUUGAUGAACAGUGGGUGAGAGGACAGAAUGUUAUUUCACUGAUAGAUAAAAUUACUAAGAUGUGUGCCAAUGUUGGAGCAAUUCACAUAUGCAUAAACAAAGUGAAAAUAGAGUUAAAAGGAAGUGGAAACUACCAGAGAAGUUCUGUUACAUGUUUUAAAGAGCUGGUGUCAGUAAGGCUUAAUCACUGUGAACUGGAAAAACAACAUGUCCCACUCCUCAGUUCAAUAAUAAUGCAAUGUACAAACCUCUUGGAACUGGAUUUCUCACAUAACCGUAUGGGGGAUGAAGGGAUCCAUAUAUUUUCUGAUUUGCUGGUUUCACUUCCCCUACUGAAUACUAUUUUGUUAGAAUCUGUAAGUAUGUCAUAUGUUGGCAUAUUCUACAUUACUGAAAGUCUAAGGAACUGCAGAUCUCUUCAUAGUAUCAAUUUAUCAGGAAAUAAUAUUGGGGAGGAGGGGGCAAUUGCUUUGGCAAAUCUGCUGCCUGAGAAAAGGAAUCUCCGCUUCAUAAACGUCUCACAUUGUUUUUCUGUAACUUGUGAUGGAGGACGUCGAUUUAUCCAGGAACUUACAAAAUGCCCCGCAGUACAAGAGAUAUAUUUAGAUUCGGUGGAACUUGAUCAUACAUCUCUUCUGAUGUUAUUUCAAGGCAUGCUACAAAUGCCUUUAUUGCAAAUAUUGAGUUUAAGCUGCAGUCCCAUUAAGGAUGUCGGAGCUGAAAUACUUUCUGCAGUUUUACCCAGCAUGAAGAACUUAAGAGAAAUCAACCUUUCUCAGACCAAGAUUGGCCCUUUGGGAGCAUUAACAGUUGCAAAAGCGCUAGGAAGCUGUGGGUCUGUGGAAAAAUUACUUUUAGCAGAAAAUAAGUUUGAAAAUGAAGCUGCAGAUCAGCUAGCAGUGGCGUUACCAGUGAUGCGCUCUCUAAAGGUCCUGAACGUGCAGUCCUGCAGUCUGGGAGCAAAUGAAAGCAGUGCAUUCUUGACGGCUUUGGUAUCUUGCCAGCAGAUAGAAGACAUUUGUCUCUCAGGAAACAUAUUUGGGGAAACAUGUCUACUGGAGUUUGCCAAAAGACUUCAACAUUUUACCCAACUUAGGAAGAUUAACUUGAAGUUUUGUAAAAUAUCCGACAGCGUUUCCAGAUCCCUGGCGGUUGGCUUUGGAGGCUGUAAAAACCUUGAAGAAAUCAUAUUAUCAUGGAACAGCAUUGGUGAUAGUGGAUCGUUUGCCCUGGCCCAGGCUUUAAAAGGAAUGAGAAAACUAAAGAAGUUGGAUCUAGAGAGAAACCAGAUUACUGAACAAGGGGCCGAGGCAAUAGCUCAAGUUCUGAGCGGCUGUACUGGGAUAAAAGUAAUCUGUUUAUGGAGCAAUCAAAUUCCAAAGACCAUUGAAGAGAAACUACAUAAUGAAGAUUCAAGACUAAAUUUCUCUUUUUGAA